GCACAGCUGCUCACUGAACGAGGGAAUCUAGACAAAUAGAAAUUAUUGUUUUGUGUAUGUGAGCUGACGACAUGGAGGUACUGGGAUUUACUGUCCCUCUAUGGCUGGUGCUGAUAAUAGCCGUGUUGGCCCUGUAUACAUAUAUGAUGAGCCGUCAUCAUGACACAUUCAAGAAACUUAACAUUCCAGGACCUACACCCUGGCCAAUCAUUGGUAGUCUCCCUCAGAUCAGUAAGAAAGGUAUUCAUGUUUUCCAGUCCGAGUGCAUGAAGAAAUAUGGAAAGGUUUACGGAUUCUUUGGAGGAUUCGCACCACAGACCCUCGUCGUCGGAGACAAAGAAAUGCUCAGGCAAAUCCUGGUGAAAGAAUUUUCAAGCUUUCCAGACCGAUUAAUAAUCAAAGGUUUAAAUGGUGACCUUGAUUCUUCUCUCCUUGCCCUAAGUGGAGAUCAAUGGAAACACGUCCGUAAUAAGAUAACUCCUGCAUUCUCCUCUGGGAAACUACGCAAGUUGUGUCGGUUGGUGGAUCAAUGUAGUGAUACACUUGUUGAAUCAUUGAGGAAGAAGGUGAAGAAUGGAGAUGGUGUCAUGGACAUGAUGGACGCAUGUGGAGCAUAUGCUAUGGACGUAAUAUGUUCUACAGCUUUUGGUAUCCAGGUAGAUUCACAGCAAAACCCAAACAACGAUUUCGUUGCCCAUGGGAAAAGGUUUCUGACUGUGAAUUUUUCAUCACCAAUCUUAUUAGUUUUGAUCUUUUUACCCAAACUCAUUCCACUGAUGAUACGACGAGGAUGGUCAUUUUCAGAUAAAGAGGUUCAAAAGUUUUUUCGCAACGUAACGGUAAAACUUCUUGAUGAACGUAUCCCAGGAAACAAGGAACAUGCAGACUUUCUUCAGUUGAUGAAGAAUGUUCAACAGGACGUUGACGAUUCAGAUGACGAUGACGAUGAAGACAAUGAGAAGGAAAAUGUUCAAGGAAACAAAUCAACAUCCUGGCAUAGGAAAGGUAUCACAUUUGAUGAAAUUCUUGGAAACGCAGAAAUAUUUUUCUUCGCUGGUUACGAGACUACAACGAUAACUUUAUCUAUGGCUACGUAUUAUCUGGCUUUGUACCCGGAGUACCAGGACAAACUUCGACAGGAAAUCUCAGACAAGAUCGGCUCGAAUCCGUUGACAUAUGAAAACCUUUCUCAGAUAAAUUACCUCGAAAUGAUCAUCAACGAAACUCUUCGGAUCAACCCUCCCGCACCACAGACAGACAGAAUGUGUAUCAAAGAUACCGUUAUCAAAGAUAUCAAGAUUCCGGCAGGCAUGACCAUCAGUAUUCCAAUAUACUGUAUCCAUUACGAUCCAGACAACUGGGAAGAUCCGGAAAAGUUCUUACCAGAAAGAUUUGCUGACAAAGAAAACCUUGAUCCGCUUAACUUUCUUCCGUUUGGAUACGGACCUAGGAACUGUGUUGGAAUGAGACUUGCCAUGCUGGAGAUGAAAAUGUCACUUGCAAAAGUCGUCCGUAAUUUCCAGAUUUCCGUUUGCAGUGAAACAGUGGUUCCUCCUGAAUUCUUAAAGUUUGCAUUACUGAAACCGAAAUCUUCCAUAAUCAAACUAGAGGAGAUCAGAUCAUAAACAGAUGGUUUCGGGAAGUUCCAUCACACUCGACAAAAUAAAUCUGGAAUGUUGGACGAGUACCAUGGACACAUUAUGUGGUUUACCGGAAUAGCGCCAUGUUGUAGUUACUGUCCAAUAUAUGUAUAUAUAUGAAUUAUACAAACAAACUUUAUUUUGUGAUUUAUAGUUAAUAUUAAUGAUAUAUUAUUUUGAGAAAUGUGCUAUAUAGAUAUGUACUUUCAAAACUGAAUAAGAAUUACGUAUUUUACGUUAACAAUUUAGAAGUUAACAAUAUGUGAUUAAAAUUAACUAAUAAAGAGAUAUUCUGUUCAAGUUAAAA